AUGGGAAAUGCUUUAAAUGAUAUUGGUGAUAAUUAUGACUACAAAUUCAUUCAAAAAGUUUAACAUUAAAUAUUUGGUCAAAUAGACAUUCUUGAAUGCCAAAUUUAAGAUUUUCCUGAAAUUGAACAAUAUAUGAGAGUCAUACCUAAAUUAAAAAAUCAAGAUUAUAUUGCUUUCAUUAAGAGAUACAUUAAAUUACAGAAUCUACAUAAAUAUGAAUUGAACUCUCCAUUUCUAAUUUAUAUAUCUAAUAAUAUAUUUGAAUUUCCAUCUCAUUCAUUAUAUGAUGAGAUUUAAGUAAAAAGAUAGUAAGGAACUUAAUUUACUGAGUCAGAAUUAUGGUAUCUAGCUAGAAAUUUGAUUGCAGGAUAUUCUAUAUAUCUUUAAAUUCCAGAAUUGGUCAAAUAAACAUAAUUAACUCUACAUAAUAUAUUUAUAACUAAAAAAGGGUAUAUUAAAUUAAGUUUACAUACUUUGUUUUUAAUAAAUUCAAAUAACUUUAAAAAUUUAUAUAUUGAAGAAUCAUAAUACAGCCACAAGAUUAACAAGGAAAUAGGCUUAAUCUUACUUGAAGCUAGUUGUUUAUCUUUUGAAGAUAGUAUUAAAGUCAUGGAUAUGUAUUACUCUAUUGAAUAUUCUAAUUUUGUUAAAGACUUAAUCGGAGAUACAAAAUCAUUAUAGUAUUUUUAAAAUUAUCAAAUGAGUAAGAAGAUAUCUAAAACCAUAUAUGGAGAAUCAUAAAUAAAGAAGACUAAAACAUUACUUACUUAAUAAAUAAAAUCAUUAAAAUAAUCAUAAAUCAUCGAAACAUAUCAUAUCAAAUCCCCUUCCAAAACAGAUCAAAAUCAAUUUGAUUAAGUCUCUAGAAUUGCAAGUAUACCUGAAGUAAAUCAAGAUUUAGAACAGGAUCAAAAGAAAUCAGAAUAAUUUGAUAUGUUUUCUGAGAGAAAAUCAACAUAACCAAUUCCAAAUAUAUAAUCUGAAAAUUACUAUCAAUCUAAAAUGUAAUCAUUGGAAAUGAAUGAUUAACAACCUUAUAUAAUCUAAUAAUAACAAUUGAUUGCCCAUUCAAAUGAUUAAAUAUCCUAGAAAUAACCUAUAAUUCAAUAAUAUGAUGUAUUAAGUGAAAAGUUCAAUUAACGAUUUUGGAAUGCAAUUGAUUAAUCAAAAAGAUAAAUCCUAAUUUAUGAAUAAAGAAGUAGAUAGAUAUUUUGA